AUGCUGCCCAGAGACCAAACAGCAGAAGGCAAUUUCUCUUCAGUCAUGGUGUUUGUUUUCUUGGGAUUUUCUAACCUUCCAAACCUCCAGGGGCUUCUAUUUGGUCUUUUCUUUCUCGUCUACAUAUUCAUCUUAACAGGAAAUGGUCUUAUCAUCAUAAUCACGAGGGUGGACUCUGUUCUCCAGACACCUAUGUAUUUUUUUCUGGCCAAUUUUUCCUCUCUAGAAAUCUGCUAUGUGUCUGUCACUCUUCCCAGGAUUCUAGUGAACCUUUGGACUCAAGACAGAAGCAUUUCUUUGCUGAGCUGCGCCACCCAAAUGUGCUUCUUCCUUGUUCUGGGGGCCACAGAGGCAUUUCUUCUGGCUGUGAUGGCUUAUGACCGCUACAUGUCCAUUUGCAGCCCUCUGCACUAUCCUCUGGUCAUGAACCACAAGAUGUGCAUCCAGUUGGCUGUGGGUGUCUGGCUCAGUGGAGUUCCGGUCCAGAUAGGGCAGACAUGCCAGGUGUUCUCACUGCCCUUCUGUGGUUCAAACCAAAUCAACCACUUUUUCUGUGACAUCCCCCCACUGAUCACGCUGGCCUGUGGGGACAUGUCACUCAAUGAGAUAUGUGUCUAUGUAGUUGCUGUAUUAUUUGCCAUGAUUCCUUUUCUACUGAUUAUUGGGUCUUAUGUCAAAAUAAUUUCUACCAUCCUCAAGUUGCCCUCAGCCACGGGUCGGUCCAAAGCCUUCUCCACCUGCUCCUCCCAUCUCAUAGUUGUGCUUUUAUUCUUUGGCUCUGUGACCAUCACCUACUUACGGCCCAAGUCAAAUCAUUCUGCAGGAAGCAACAAAACGCUGUCUUCUACACUAUUGUGA